UGGAAAUACAUCUUUAAAAAUUUCAGAUAUAUUUUUUCCUAAUGUUAACUCUAAGAAUUUCAUUAGCAAAAGUGCAUAGUUGCAAAAUAAUUUAUAUUUAUGUUUGGGCUACAAAUAAUUCAAAUCGGCUAAUUUUAAAGCACAACUUUGGUACUUUUUAACCUUCAGAUCUGACAACAUGUUCCUCAGUCCGUGUCACUUUCAACAUGCCUUUGGACAUGAUCGAACGUAUUAUUUCAAAGACUCCCGUCGUGGAUCCCGAAGAAAUUUUUGAAAACUUGACGUGCUUUAAUUUUGCACGCUACUUUCCCACCGAAGAGGCCGCGGACAAAUUUUGCCACAUGGUGGGACUCGUGCCCCAUCUAGAUCUAGCCGGCUUUGUACCGUCGUGCCCAAAGUGCGGAGGCAUGAUGAGAAAAGAGCCGGCACCAGCAGAUAGGUUCGGAUUCGUCUACCGCUGUGAAAAACUACAACAAAAGAAAAAAAUGCGCAGGCGGACUGGUGGCUCUGUCUGGCAGGCUGUUUGCACCGGUACCCUCUCUUGUACUCAUAACACAUUUUUUUCAGAGUUCAGCUCUCAGCUCAACAGGUAUAAUAUCGUGGCAGUAUGCCAUAUUUAUAUAUAUUAUAUUUCUCAUAUUUCUUCUCUUUCUUUGUUCCUUUGUCUUUUGCCAUUCUGGAAUUUUCCUGUUUAACCCUACCCUUGAGAGUUGAUAACUCACAUCUAAGACAAUAGAAACUAAGUAGCCCUAAGGAGUUAACAGGGUGAGGGAAGGACACCCUCAGAAUCGGCGGUUUCACGUUACGUGUUUCUAUAAUUCGAUCGUACCGCUUAAGAUGAUGUAUGUUUUAUCAGAUAAUUUUUUUAUUUUUGUAUUUAACAGGUGCUGAUGAUUAUUUAUGAGUGGGUCAAGGAGGAGCCGGUCACCGUCGCUGCGAAAGAAUGCUGCGUGGACCUGCAAACAGCCGUGGACUGGUACAACUUCUGCCGGGAAAUUGCGGAGGUUAUCAUGUCUAACGACCAAAAACAGAUUGGCGGUAAAAAUCUAUGCGUCGAGAUUGAUGAAACUUUUACCAGGAGACGAAAGUACAACCGUGGGCGCAUAACCAAAGGCACCGAACCAACUAUAUUUGGUGCCUAUUGUCGGGAAACGCGAGAGAUGAUGUACUUUCAUGUGGAGAACAAAAGCAGACGUGUUCUAUGGAGCCACAUGUCCAGAUACAUCACUCCAGGUUCCAUAAUCGUUUCCGACAGCGCGCUUCAAUAUUGCACUGUCGGAUGGGCUUCUCGGAACACAAGACCGUUAAUCACAGCCAGCAGGGCCCCGGGAGAUUCGUCAACAGCGAUGAUCCCGAGGCUCAUACUCAAAACAUCGAGUGUAGACAUCGCUGCUGAAGAAGUCCAUCAAGUCGCUUCGCACGAACAGGAGCCUGCAGAGCUACACACGCACUUACGUAUACAGGACGCGGUUCCUGUCCCAGUUGCCAACAAUAUCGACAAAAUUCCGGCAGUUCGUCGAACAUAUUGUGGCCGUCUACCCGGGCCCCGUCGUGAGGGUCUCUAACUGAAGACGAUCGGUGUGCCUGUGGACGAAGAUCAGCCGCCAGACAAGCCCUAUUUUGAUGUGUACCUGCCCGACGAAGAGGAACCGCAAGGAGAUGACGACCCCCCCACUUCGGAUACCUCGGACGCAACGAGCACCUUUGUCGUCGACCCGAAGGACCAAGCGGAGGCAGGGACCAGCGACCUCAGCUAACCAGCAAAGCCUAGAUGUCGCCAAAUAGCGAGAGGACAGGGCCUCCUCUUACGGGAAACGCAGGAGGCGCUGUGAAGUAACAUAUCACACAAGGAACAGUUAUUGAUACACGAUAAAGGCUUUAUUGAUGGAGGAAAUGCAUUUCGGGUCUUAAUAGUGUUUUUAAAGAGAAGAAACACGUGAUGUGAAACAUGACUCCGUUACUGAUCACUGACGCUUCCAAAGUAUAGCAGAAAGAAUUAAUCCUUCUAUUUUCUAUUCGCUGUAGAUAUUGUGAAAAAUUGUUUAAUCAUUGUUUUAUUGUGAAAGCGCCAGAUCAUAAAAUAAAAGGUCGGCAUCUUGAUCAUUUUGAACUUUGUGUUACUUUUUUAAUAAUCUAUAUAUAAUGUGUUAAGAAGAUUUUUUUAUAUCUUCAAAUUAAUUUGCUGUCACUUCUGAGUUGGUCUGUAAAAAGGAUAAAAAGAAAUAGACUCAAAAAAUUAUAUAUUUUUAUGUAUACUGAUUUAGUUUCAAAUAUAAUAAAUGUUUUUUCGUUUCUUAAUUUUAGUUACAUUCCUUUCUCAAACAUUUAAACGUUAACAAUAAUAUUAAAAGUUUAAUAACACUUUUCUAUAAAAUCUCUUUUUAAGAAAGUAAUUUUCUAGAAAAGUUUUAAGGCUGCUACACCCACGUUUGAGUAAAUUAUAAGAUUUUACUGCUUUUUAAGGACUUUGAACGUGUUAAGCGACAAUCAGUUUUUCAUUCCGAGUUUAUUCGACUCCAAAUAACAGGAAGAAACUUCCAAGUUUAACGAUUUGUUUUUAAGCUCGCGUUUCUAAAAAAUGAAUAACCAAAUCUUUUUAGAUAUCAAACUUUUACUAAGCGAACGUUUUCGUUACAUUUAAGCAUUAAGAAUCCAGCCAAAUAUCUAGAAAGGUUAUGUUAUCCGUUCUUUAAAUACAUCCCGGUUGGCAAUUUUCUGUCGACUACGUUACUUCCGAUUUCAUUCAUUUUUGUAAACCAUUUGGUGUUAAAAGCUACAGGUAUUUCCGCGUUUAAUUGAAAAGUCUGAUAAGAAAUAAAAUUUGUGCGAUUCAUAAAAGAAAUUUAAAACAAAGUCGCUCGCUGUCUGACUUAAUAACGCCCUUUGCCUGAGACCGAUCGAACUUCGUGACACGGUGCUACUCAAACUGUGGUCUGAGGACCAGAGAUGAUCCAUCUUAUCUAUGUGAAAUUAAAUGAAAAAAAAACAAAAACUGGAUGAAGGAACACUGCUCUAACUCGUGUUGCAUCUAUUGUUUUAUAGUCUUUAUGUAGUAGCCAAUCGAUCCCACAUCUUACAUAUAAAUUAUUGUUACAUAACUUUACAUUUUUAAACUUAAAGGAUUAGUUAGACUAUAUAAAACAUAUAUGUUUAUAAACUUAGAUAAUAAAUUUAUAAACAUUUAAUCUGAAUUUUAAAGUAAUUUGAUUCUGUUCUCUUUUUAACAAGUCAAUCUCGAAAAAUAAGUCGUCGUUGUCAAAUCUUAACUCGUCAAUUUCGUUAUAGAAUGUUACGAUGUUACGGAAGCGUAACUCGAGCAAAGUUCGGGUUGCCCCCCAAGAAGUAGUCACGUGUUAGCAAUAAAGGCUGAACUCGUUUCUACAUUCUGGCGGGAAGCGCGCUGUCGGACGCAACAACGAGUAGUUUCAACGUGGGCUCGGAUAGUUCCGUUCUAGUGUCAAUUAUGUGGUUUUAUGAAUGAAAAAUUACAAGUUGUGAAAGUGCAAGUCAAUAUAUGGAUAUUAUAUAUAUAUACCCGUGUAAUUGGUAAGUGUCAUCUCGAGUUUUUUUCGUAACUACUAAAAUGCUAUUGGAAGGCUUUUUUAAUAUUUUCUCUCUAAAAACGCAUAUUUUAAAA